AAGUACAAACCACGAGGAGGAGAGAUUUGCGAGAAACUCCAAGCAGGAAAACGAGUGCCUCCCCUCGACUCUACAGACUGUUAAACAAACUACAGCAUCACCCUGCGCCUUUGUUGUGAGACGAUAGCAAGACGACUGUUUAUCAUUCGAGCUAGCUUUUCUGGGGUCAGAUUACUGGGAUGAACACCUAAGAUAAAGCUUGAAAUGGUUUGGUUUCACGUUUUGACGUAACUUAAUUAUCCCAAAGUGGGAUCCGUAACACAUUAAGGUUAAGUAGUUAGUCGCUAUCAAAGAGGAAGAUUGACAGAUCGACAAGAGUACACAUGACGUCUGCGGCAGAGACAGUUGAAAAUGCCUCCAUCAUGUCAGAGAGUGCGGCCCAUGACGGAAACCGCUUAUGGAUAGGCAACAUAGAUCCCAAAAUUACAGAGUAUCAUCUGGUGAAAUUGUUGGAGAAGUUUGGCCAUGUGAAGCAAUUUGACUUCCUGUUUCAUAAGUCGGGGCCUUUGGAGGGACAGCCACGGGGCUACUGCUUUGUCAACUUCAACACCAGAGAGGAGGCAGAGCGGGCGAUCCAGUGUUUAAAUGGGAAGCUAGCUUUGUCUAAGAAGCUAGUGGUGCGUUGGGCGCACGCACAGGUGAGGAGGUUUGAAGGUUUCCGUAAUGACAAGACCAUGCCUCCGAGCCUGGAACCAUCAAGCAGUGGAGCGGCAGAGGAUGGACCCGUAGGUGCCAACCACCUCAGUACGAGUGCUAAGAUCCGCGCCAUCGAGGCCAAGCUCCAGAUGAUGGACGAGAAUCCGGAGGAUGACUACUCGGGUCCGUCGGCCUACGUUUACAACAAACCGCCAGAGAGGAAACGCUGGGAGCCCUACUCUAAAUCACACCACAACAACCAGAGCAGGCCCUUCCGCAGGUUUAGGAGAUGACCCAUCCCACUCAUUUUGGAGAUCCCCCCCCACCUACAUACUUCAGCCCCCAUCUACACACAAACUGAGUCUACACCAGAUACCAUAAAGACUACACACAGCCUAUAAAAGGGUUUGAAAAUACUUUGAGCACCAAGACUCUUUGAGAGUAAUCGCAGCAAUCACGGACAAGUACCAAAAGUGUUUUCAGUUGUUUUACAGUUAUUAUUUACUCUUAACAUAUGCCCCAUACCUGACAGCUGAGCAGGUUGGAUGCUUUACUUCUGCUUUCUCGCUUUUGCAGAGAUUUGAUGCAGUUGAAUCAGCAGAUUUGACGCAGAGCUGCCAGAAAAGAAAAGCGAUAUUGUUAUAAAAGAGUCUAAAUGCUGAUUCUGUUAUUGUUUUUGACAUGUUUUUACUUUCAGGUAGAUUAUUUAAAGAUGGAAUACAAUUUACUUUAAUCACGACUUCAAUGAAGAGGAAGACAUGCAAAUAUUUAUAACAGGUUUGUAUCCUUGGAGUUUGAAUAGUAAGCCACUUGGCAACACUUCCUGUGUGUUGCAGUAUUUUGUGUGACAUUGCUCUUUUCUUAAUAGUUUGCUUUUUUAUCUUGAAUUCAAUUUUUGUAAGACUGUAUUCAAACUCUUUUUUACUGACUUCUUUUCUUUUCUGUAGAUUUUGUUGGAAGUUCCCUUUACUAUUCCUAUUAAAGCCUAAUAAAUAUAAUAUCUGCAGCCUAUUGUGUUAUGCCAUUUUAGUGUUGAGUCAAUAACAUUACAAUGCUCUCGGCCCACAUGCUUUUGCUGAAAUAGUCAAGUGGCUUUUGUAAGGAAUUUGCGGAAACAACAUCUGCAUCUCAUUAAUGAGAACAUUUUGUUUACUACAAUUGAAAACCAUUUAUCCAGCAUGGUUUUAAAAAUGCUGUUCAGGACUAUGACAAAAAUGUAAAAAGAAUUGCAGAGAUGAACAGGAUUUCCAGUACUGACGAGUUUACCAAUCUUUUCUGUAAUAACCGGUCAUCCUGAUUAUUAUGGAGUUCAUUAUAGUUCGAGUCCCUGAUUUCCACAAACCUGAUGGAUAUUGACUGUUUGUCCAUUUGUGGCCACUCUAUCAAGAUGUGCCGUUUUAUUAUUUUUUUUUUAAGAUGUAACGUUUGUUAUUGAUUUCUGUGUUUUCAUGGAGCAUAUGUUUGAUGUGAUCCGAGUUGUGUUUUCCAUCAUGUGUGAAAAUUCCCCUUAAGGUGGAAAAAAUGGCAAAAAAAAGGGUACACAAUAUGUUGGCGAAAUAUAGAAUAAUUAAGUUUGAGAGAAGAAAGAAUUUGCAGACCAAAACCUUUUUGCAGAUUAAAACUUUUUCACAUUUAGGGAGAAACAACAUUGCAAGAGGGAUGGAAAUCGGCCGAUUAAUUGUGCAAGUUAAGAUAAGAGAGCAUCAUUUCAUGCACAGCGUAGAAAUCAAAUCCUACCGCUUGACAUCUGUCAGCCUUUCCUUUCCUUUGUCAUAAAAUCAACCUGCAGAAUAUUUCUGAUCAACUAUUUUCUUUGUAUGGUGUGCUUUUAUCUGUUUUCAAUAAAAGGCAUAUUCGUUCAA